CGUAUCAUAACAGGAUCUGACAUUAAGAGUAAUAACCGAAAACAUGGACUCUUAUAUGGAAGCUGCAUGGAGCAACUUGUCUUUACACAAUAUGACCGACAGCACAAAUACCACCAAUGGCAGUCCCACUAUGUCCAUAAACAGACUUCUUCCUGCUCUCUUGGAAUGUUUUGGUAUCAUCAUGUGUGGAUACUUUGCUGGCAGAGCCAACUUGAUAACUCCUACUCAGGCAAAAGGACUAGGCAGCUAUGUUUCCCGGUUUGCACUUCCAGCAUUGCUGUUUAAAAACAUGGUGGUCCUAAACUUUUCUGACGUCAACUGGUCGUUCCUCUACAGCAUCGUUAUUGCCAAAGCCUCGGUCUUCAUCAUAGUUUGUGUGCUAACUUUGUUGGUGGCAAAUCCACAAACCCGUUUGAGCAAAGCUGGACUAUUUCCUAUAUUUGCUACGCAGAGCAAUGAUUUUGCACUUGGCUAUCCCAUUGUUGAAGCCUUGUACCAAACAACAUAUCCUGAAUACCUCCAAUAUAUAUACCUGGUGGCCCCUGUGUCCCUCAUGAUGCUGAAUCCGUUGGGCUUUGUUCUUUGUGAGAUCCAGAAAUGGCGAGAAAAUCCCGUCGCUUCACAAGGCAAGCUAAAGAUCUUAGGACUUGCACUUCUCCGUGUCUUCCAAAACCCCAUUGUAUUUAUGGUAUUUAUAGGCAUCGCCUUUAACUUUGCACUUGGACAGAAGAUUCCCAUUUACUUGGAGAACUUUCUGGAAGGUCUAGCUAGCUCUUUUUCGGGCUCAGCUUUAUUUUAUCUAGGCCUUACAAUGGUCGGACAGACUAGCAAACUCAAGAAAUCUUCUUUCGUUGCAUUGCUUCUACUUAUCACUGCAAAGCUGCUGGUUCUGCCUCUUAUCUGCAGGGAAAUGGUAGAGCUGUUGGAUCGGAGUAACUCUAUGGUUAACCACACCAGUUUAUCUAACUAUGCAUUUCUGUAUGGAGUCUUCCCAGUGGCACCAGGUGUUGCGAUAUUUGCCAACCAAUUUAACAUGGAAGUAGAGAUUGUCACAUCAGGUAUGGUGAUCAGCACCUUUGUAUCUGCUCCAAUUAUGUAUGUUUCAGCCUGGCUACUGACUAUUCCAUCAAUGGAUCCUAAACCUUUGAUGUCGUCUUUGCAAAAUGUCAGCUUCGAUAUCAGCAUUGUCAGUUUGUUUGUUUUGGUCUGGUCGCUUGCUAUUUUGCUUUUGAGCAAAAAAUAUAAAAAACUUCCUCAUUUGUUGACUGCAAAUCUUCUUCUGGCUCAACUGAUUGUCUGUGUUGGAAUGGUGUUGUGGAACUUCAUAAUAAGAGAGGGAAAUGUGGUGGGGCAGAUCCUAGUGUUUGUUAUCUUAUACAGCGCCCUCUACAGUACAUACUUGUGGACAGGUCUAAUUUCAUUAUCCUUAUUUCUAUUAAAGAAGAGAGAAGUUGGGAAUAUUCCCGUGGUGGUAAUAGCUUUAGCUGGUUGGGGCAUUCCUGUCUUAAUUGUGUGCAUACUUCUGAGUGUAGGGGAACGUGAUCUAGACAACAUUGACUCUGCUUUCUUUUAUGGGAAGUCUCAGAUCAUCAGCACAGCAGUGAUCUUGUCUGUUAGUAUUCUGCUGUCUGGCAUUUGUCUCAUGUGCAUGAGUCGAAGUGGACAAGAUGGCAACUACCAGGUGCUGAAUCAGUCCUCCCAUAGCAGCAUUAAUAGAACUGCAGAUGUUUCAAUUGAAUCUAAGCCGAACAGCCCUGUUGGAUCAAGUCCACCCUCUACUACUAGAUCAGAGAUCUGUGCCUGUGGUCAGGAGAACGGAAGUGUGUGCCAGCCUGUGGACUCUUCAAAUGUGCUGACUAUAAAUGAGGCUCCCAGCAUAGAGGAAGCACAUGAAUGUCUGAGUCGCUGCAACACCCAGAGAUGUCCCCUGUCCCAGGAAGAGCAACAACACCUGCACAGCGGAGACUUACAGAUUGCCAGACAUGUGUUACUCUGCUUGCUUCUCAUUGUUGGCCUGUUUGCUAAUGUAUCCAGCUGCUUCUGGUGGCUGUUUAAUCUGGAGCCAGGAAGGCUGUAUGUUGAGCUUCAGUUCUUUUGUGCCGUGUUUAAUUUUGGCCAAGGUUUUCUGUCAUUUGCCAUUUUUGGAUUGGACAAACACCUGAUUAUUCUUCCAUGCAAGAAAAGACUUGAAUUCCUGUGGAAUGGCAGAGAACCCAAUGCGGCUCCGGAGGAGACCCGGCUGCCAGAAGAAAUCCGCAUGACGUGCCACCAGUUUGUACAAUACCACAAAGACCUGUGUGUUAGGAAUAUCGUCAAGGAGAGAAGGUGUGGUGCCAGGAACUCUGCUAUCAUCUUCUGGGGCUCCGAUUUGGUGAGCUGGCUUGUCGAGGUGGGGCUGGCGUCCGAUCGUGGAGAAGCAGUAAAGUACGGAGAGAGACUGCUGAAAGGAGGCGUCCUCCAGCAUAUCACAGACGAAUAUGAAUUUCGGGAUGAAAACCUCUACUACCGCAUGCUGAAAACAAGGAGUGUCCCAAUCCAGAGAAGAUGACCCAUCGGGAAUUUUGUGUCGUUGUUUCCCUCGUCUUUUGAGAUUUUGUGUCUUAAUACAUGUGUGUAACAUUGCUGAAGACACCAUCAUCAUAAGUGCUCUGAGGAGUUUGUGUUUAUAGCUAUGCAAAAACCAUCAGGGUUUG